AUGAUUCUACUUUUUGCUCUCCUUUUCAUAUCCACUUGUUCGACGCCUGUAACAGCAAAUUCGCAGUGGAAGGUAAUAGUUUUCACCUAAUCCGAACAACGUAGUACUAUAGGACCUCAUUCUUUCUUCGAUUAAUCUUCUCAACUAUACGGGCGUGUCUUCCCAAUGCACCAAAGACACCAAACUAUGGCUCUACUCGCUGGAAAAGUUUACAGUAGCGUCUGAAAUUUGCAUGGCAACGGGAAAGUGUGAUGCCAAAGUUUUGGAAGACAAUUUGUUCGCUCUACAGCGUAAGUUUAACCUUUAAAUUAUCUGCUAUCAUCAUAAAACGUUCAGAACUCGACGCGUUUGGACGACUCGGAGAACCAGGGCUUCUCGAGUUGAGGAACACUUUUGAAGGAUCGUGGCAAGAAUGCGAACGUAUCAGCGGCAUCAAAUACGACACCAACUACUGCUACAUGGCGUUGACGCCGAAAGUAAAACUUCCGUUUGAAUCUAGCCUACCCUACAUGUCAGCUGUAUGCAUGCCAAGGUCAUGUAAACAUCGGGUAAGUCCUUGAUCUUUUGACGUUGUUCAUGGACAUUGUUCAGGAUCUUCCAAUUCUGUACAAUCAGUUGGGCUCCAAGAUUUUCAACGCACGUGCGGCGUUCUGUGUUCAUAGAGACGUUGAGAAAGAUUCCGCGUUCUGGGGUUUUACGUAAGUCCUAAUCUACCUAUUAAGAUUGUUUGCAAUUUCAAUCUCUUCCAGAAUCUUUAUGAUAAUCAUGGUCUUCAUCGCAGUUUUAGCCACUUCAAUUGACUUCUUGAGAGAAAGUGUGUAUGGAGAGCAUAGCGAGAAGGAGAAAAAUAUAGGUUUGUCCAGAAAAUGUGUUCGCUUACUUAACCUAACUUGCACAGCUCUCAAAAUUCUGCUUGCCUUCUCUCUCUGGACUAACGCCGGACAACUAUUGUCGGUUAAAGAGCAAAAACCCGGGUUCAUCAAGUCAUUGGACUGCAUUCGAGCACUUUCCAUGUCCUGGGUCGUCACCGGCCACUCGCUCAUCUAUUUCCUCAUGUCCGACACCACACUUCCCUUGGCCGCCGUCGCCAACAACAUUUGGAAUCAUCUCAUUCUCAACGCUCUAGUAUCGGUUGACACUUUCUUCUUGCUCUCGGGCGUUGUGGUGGCCUACCUGUUCUUCAAGCAACGACCAAAACCGUCGACCAUCAGAAGCCCUGUAACGUGGAUUCUAUUCUAUCUUCACAGAUUUCUAAGAUUGACACCUCCUUACAUGAUCUUUAUUGGCUUUUUUGUGGUCUACGGACCAUACAUCCAAGGCCCCUACUCUGCAUCGAUGUUCAGUAAGUCUGCAGAGCCAUUAUAGUACUACCGGUUUUUAUACAGACAUGCUUAUACGUGAAACCGACGCCUGUAAAACUAAUUGGUGGAGGAAUCUCAUAUACAUCAACAACUUUGAUCUCGAUCAAACAAAAUCUUGCUACGGAAUCUCUUGGUACUUGGCCGUUGACACACAACUCUAUCUCGUCGCUCCAGUUGUACUAGUUGCCUUGUACUUUUCUUUUAUAGCAGGUACAUUAACAUCUAAUUCCUUCAAUUUAAUGAGUUUGACGUUUUGAGGAGCUGUAACAGUGGUAGUUGGAUGUAUCGGAAGUGUCGCUGCCACCUAUAUUUACUAUGGCCUCUAUCCGGAAAUGGGUAUCGACUCUUUCCGAGAUGAGUGAGUAGAAAUGGAUGAAAUCACUGUAAUUCACAAUGUUUGCAGCCCAACAGGCGAGUGGGACAUUAUCUACCGCCGUCCAUGGAUCCGCUGCACUCCCUAUUUGGUCGGUCUUCUCACCGGCUACGUGAUUGCCACCUACGGAAAACGCCAAAUUCGCCUCAACCGCGUGAUCAAUAUUGCUUUGUGGAUCGCUGCUUUUGCAAUUGGAGCAGCGUGCAUGUUCUCCAACUACAACUACGACAAGGGUUGCUAUAUGAGGUGCUCAUUUACUUUGACGACUUCUAACUAUUGUACAUUUGUUGUAGCCCGUUCGCCAAAGGUUCCUUUUACAAUUUCACCCGACUUGGAUGGGCUCUGGCGGUUGCAUGGGUCAUCUUAGCCAAUCAUUUCGGAUGGGGAGGACCCAUCAAUGCAUUUAUGUCCCAUCCGAUUUGGCAGCCAUUCGGACGACUCUCAUAUUGCGCCUACAUUGUUCAUUGGAUGCUUUUGUACUACUUUUUGAAUAUUGGCGAUAGACCUCUGCACUAUUAUAACAUUUGGCAAGUGGUAAGGAACUCUAGAUACUUGUUUUCACAUUUCAUAGUCACUUUUAGUAUUGCUACUAUGCCAUUCCGGUCACAAUUCUCUCCUACGUGGCCGCAUUCUUCUGGAGUUGUCUAUUUGAAGUCUCCACCUUGAAGUGAGAUCGCCCAGUUUUUAUCAAGUCAAACAACAACUUUUGCAGGCUCGAAAAAAUGCUUAUUGAAGCGUUGCUCAGCAGCAAAUCCCCAUCAGUUUCACCCAAAUCAGACGCACAACUGGAAACGAAGCCAGUGGAGAAUGUAUGGGAAAUCGAGGUGGAACCUGCGAGCGGAAAACUUUGAAAAGUCACGUUUUUAUUACUCUUUCUCACGCGUGUGUCUUUCUAUUUUUUCGGUUACAUAUAAUAACUUUUUCGCUGAUUGAUUUCUCUGAAAAGCUCGCCACUAACUAAUACUUCCCCAUUCUCAUAGCAAACGCCUUUGAGGUCACAGAUCUGUUGUUCCACGAGCUUUUUAUAUUUCAAAACUCACAUGAUGUGCAUAAGAUGAAAUUGAAUGUAUUUUUUCCUAUCUUCACAUCACUCUCUUUCGGUUUUGGGUCCACACAACACGUUUUUCAUUUUCAGGAAGCGCAUCCAAUUUCCGGGAUCACAAACCACUCAAAUCCAAAUGCCGCCGAAAUUUUCCACACUCUACGCGAUAUUGAUGCCGACCGAAUGUGAACCCGAUGAUUCUAUCGCGAGUCUUUUGACUUUUAUGAAAUUCUCACCGCUCAUUCCAGUUCCUUUGUUUAUUUUCGCCGGCUACAUUCUGAUUUUCAAGUCGAGUAAACACUUGCAACCAUGUAAAAGGGCGUAUGGAUACUUUUUGAUUAGGUAAGAAUCAUGAAGAGCAUAUCUUGAUGAUUUGUACCAGAGUUGGCGGAAGAACUCAACGGAAGAACACGGAAGAAUUUUUAUCUUUUUUAGAAAAUUUUUUCAUGAAAUGUGAUCAACUGAAGAAAUGUAUAGCAAAGUGAACUCUGCUCAUAGAAAAAUAAUUGUAAAUUUAACUUUUCACACAAAAAAGUUGUUCGAGUUGUUCCGUGAAAAUGUCCUUCCGUCUUCCCUUUUUUCACGGAACAACUCGAAUAACUUUUUUGUAUGAAAAGCUAAAUUUACAAUUAUUUUUUUAUAAGCAGAGUUCACUUUGUUAUACAUUUCGUCAGUUGAUCACAUUUCCUGAUAAAAUUUUCCAAAAAAGAUAAAAAUUCUUCCGUGUUCUUCCGUUGAGUUCUUCCGCUCAACUCUGAUUUGUACUGUCAGUCUGUUUGAUUUUCAGCAAAUUCAUAAGUCUCCUCAUGCUGGCUUCUGGAAUUGCGCCGAUUCUUCACACCCCGUCCGGGGGGUUUCAAAUCACCGGCUUUCUUCAAGUCUUCAAUCCAUUGAGCCCAACGUGGUCCAUCAUUUUGACAGUCUACGCACACCUCUGUACGUUCUAACACACACUUCUACAAUAUCUGGGAUGUUUUCCAGUAAUGCUAGUCUUCCUGGUUCAAGUGAUAAACACAAGAUGCGAAGUAAUUCGGCAGUUCUCUGCUGUCACCGUCGACGAGGAAAAGAAAAUGUUCCAGUUGAUUGGGGUCCUUCUCAAAUUUCUCUAUUCCUUCAUCCUGUUCGCCUUCUGGUGUAUGUUAUUGUUGCUUGGUUUCGGCGAGCAAGACGAACAGAAUCGAUUGAAGCAAAACGCGAUUCAGGUUUAUCGAUUAAAAUAAUAUUAUAUUGAACAGUUUCAGAGAAAGGCUAAAGACAUCUCCUGUCCCUUAUUCUUCUUUCUGGACACCGAGUCCUGGCGUCUUAUCAUCUCAAUUGUCUCUAUUAUGUUUCUUUUUAUCACUUUCCUUAUAUUUUCUUCUGCCAACAUCUCCGGCUCCUACCACAUUCUCAAAGAGUGUAAGAUGAAGUUGUCAAAGAAAGUGUACAAUAUUCAAACCGGCUUCCUGAUCCUUUUGGCCAUUCAAAUCGCCGUUCUCUUCCUUUUUCUGCCGGUUCUACUGGCGAUGUUCAGUGCUCUCAAAGGACCAGGCUCAGAAGCGAGUGAGUUUUAAAAGGCGCUAGCUACUUCUAGAUGAGCUAAUUUCUCGCUCAGACUCUUUGAUCGUUCUUACCUUCACUGCUCAUCAUGCAACUUUCUCCACAAUUGUAUUCAUUUGUGCUCAUCGCUUCGUCAGAUCCAGAAUCCAACGAGUUUUCAAUAAAUGUAAGAAAACUCGUCGCCCCCGCCCCUCUCGACGCAUGUAAAAAAAAUUGUCAGGCAUGCCUAGACGCUAUAGAAUUGGAGCAGUUGUUGAAGCCGAUCGACUUGACAUUCAUUCCGUGCCACAACUUCAAGUGUUUGCCGUAAUCACUGAGACGACGACUGUUUGA